AUGUCUCAUAUGUUUGAUUUAAUGAACCCAGUAGGUUCUAUUUAUACAUCUAUGGAUGCAAGAGGUCCUCAAGUAAUGUUUGGUGUUGGUGCAUGGGAACAAAUAGUCGACAGGUUUUUGUAUUGUGCAAACUCUUCAAAGGAAACAGGUGGAAGUAAAACGAUUUCAGGUGAAAAUUUACCUGCACACAGUCACUACAUAGAUUUAAGUACAUCUCAAGCAGGUUGGCAUAAGCAUAGAUAUUGGGAUUGGUCAGGAAUGACAAAAGGUAAAGGAUAUGAUGUUAAAGACGAGGUUAAGUUUGCUAUAAAUUGUUACUGGAGUGACACUCAGGGAGAAGGAAACCAUACACAUCACGUUUCAGGAUAUACGCAAACAACGGGACAAAGUAAAGAAUACAUGCCACCUUACAUGACAGUUUACGCAUGGUAUAGAAAUGCUUAG